AUGGCCCUCCAGGAGGACGAGGCCCCUUCCCUGGCCAAGGGGGUGGACCAAGGCUCCCUUCCACCCACGGAGACAGAGAAGCUGCUGACCGGCGGCAGCAACGGCGGGGGGCAGGGGCCCCAAUCCUUCUCAGCUGGGGACCGAGGGCUGGCAGGGGCUGGGGCGGACAGUGAGGCCGAGAGGAACGGCCACCCCCACUCCCCCAGCCUGCCCUACAAAGCCGGCUCGGAGGGGCAGCUGGGAGGGAAGCCCCUCUCGCCCUCCAAGCUCAGCCUGGGGCGCGCCUCCUCCACCGCCACCAACUCCAACCUCCAGGAGGCCGGCCGGCCCCGAGACUACCUGCUCCUGGCCAUCUUCUCCUGCUUCUGCCCCAUCUGGCCCGUCAACAUCUUGGCCCUGGUCUUCUCCAUCAUGUCUAGGAACAGCAACCAGCAGGGCGACGCGGACGGGGCGCGGAGGCUCGGGCGCGUGGCCCGCUUCCUGAGCAUCCUCUCCAUCGUGCUGGGAUCCGUCAUCCUCGUCAUCAUUUGUCUGAAUUUCGCCGGACUCCUGACGGCAAAUUAACCCCGGGAAGGGCUUUGACCUGCGUCUGGUGACCGUCUCCCAUCUCCCAAGAGGCCUCAGGAGGUAAACCUUGGGCAUCGACAAGUCUCCGGCGACAGAGGGAGAGGGAAACCCCUCCUUCUCUUGUUA